AUAAUACACCGGAACUUAGAGAAGUACAACAACGGACCUCACAGCCAUACAUUUUGACCUAAAAUCUUUGUAAAAGUCCUUGUUUUGUGCGUGUUUCUAUAAAAUGUCCCCCACAGAAUGGCGAAGAAUUGUGGUGCAGUACAAACCUCCUAACGCUGGGAUGUGCUAUAAAAUAAAUUUCUUCGUCAAUCAGCUUCUCUUCUGUCUUCCUUCGCUUUGUUUUUAUCGAGAAAUGAAACGAACAACCAAAACUAGCCAUGAGAUUUAUUUUUUUAUUUUUAGUCUAGCUGAUAAGGCUAUUACCUUUUUAAAUAAAAAAAGGUAAAAACUUUUUAUUACUGUCUCUUCAAGACAGAGAUAAUAUAUGUAAGCUUGAUAACACCCAAACCAGAAACCCCAUAGCUCCUCUAACCCUUGGAAAGUUUUUUUCCGCCCCACGAGUGACUACACAUGGUUAGUGGGACUGCCUGGUAGCUUCAGAUGCUGGGAUAAAAUAAUCAGAAAUUAAACGUGGUGGCCGUAUAGUUUCAUCAUGUUGAAGUCUAAGACCUUCGUUAAGAAGACCCGAUCGGGUGGGGUGAUGAAGGUCGUACGUGAGCAUUACCUGAGAGAUGAUAUUUGGUGUGGAAGUGAAGUCUGCACUGAGUGCAAACAGGACUCCACGGUGCUGCAGAGAGACGCGUGUAUUGAGAGCAGUCUGUGUCCCUACCCUCACUAUCUGGUUCCUGACACCAACGUAGUGCUACAUCAGAUUGAUGUAUUGGAAGAUCCCGUGAUUCGCAACGUGAUAAUCCUUCAGACUGUUCUUCAGGAGGUUCGUCAUCGCAGUGCACCGGUUUAUAAACGCCUGAAGGAUAUCAUACAUGAACAAGGAAGACACUUCUACACAUUCACCAACGAACACCACAGAGAGACAUUCAUCGAACGUGAACCAGGGGAGAGCGCCAAUGACUGUAAUGAUCGGGCGAUCCGUGUGGCCGCCAAAUGGUAUAGCCAGCAUCUGAAAACGCCAGAGUCGGGCCCAGAUGGGCUCAAGGUGGUCCUCCUCACCAACGAUCAAAGCAACAAGCUGAAGGCUGAAGAGACCGGCUUGGCGGUGUACAAAUUUGAUGAAUACAUCAAGAGUUUGACAGGGAACCCUGAGUUGGUGGAUUGCUUGGCUUUGUCCAACGAUGAUAAGAAUGAGAUUACCAGCAGUAAAGUGUUGUUUCCGGAGCAUCUCCCUUUGUCGAAGGUCCAGGCAGGAAUCAAGUCUGGCUCAUUUCUCCAGGGAACCUUCAGGGCCAGCAGGGACAACUAUCUGGAGGCCACGGUUUUUGUCCAAGGAGAGGGGGAGGACAGCACCGAGGUUCUUAUCCAGGGUCUUCAGAACCUCAACAGAGCAGUGCACCAGGAUGUGGUUGCUGUGCAGCUGUUGCCAAAGAAUCAGUGGGUGGCGCCGUCGUCAGUUGUGCUGCAGGACGAUGGUGCGGCGAAGGACGAUAACGUGGAUGAGGAUGAGGAGGAAAAAGUGCUGACGGGACCAUUAACUGAGACGGCCAGGAGGGCAACAGGAAAAGUAGUGGGAAUCAUCAAAAGGAACUGGAGGCCAUUCUGUGGCAUGCUCAAUGUCUCCCAAAUCAAAGAAUCCACCCGCCAUCUUUUCACCCCAGCAGAUCGCCGUAUCCCACGCAUUCGCAUCGAAACGCGUCAAGCCUCCACUCUUGCAGGUCAGAGGAUUAUGGUGGCCAUUGAUGGCUGGCCGAAAGACUCUAGAUACCCAAAUGGUCAUUUUGUCCGCAGUCUGGGAGGCGCUGGUGAGAAGGAAACCGAGGAGGAAGUCCUGCUUCUGGAGCACGAUGUUCCACAUCAGGUCUUCUCUCAGGCCGUUCUCAGUUUUCUUCCCAAAACGCCGUGGAGUAUCACACCAGAGGACAUGGCACAGAGGCAGGACCUGAGGCACUUAACAGUGUGCAGUGUGGAUCCUCCAGGAUGUACAGACAUAGAUGAUGCGCUGCACUGCAGGGAGCUGGAAAACGGGAAGCUUGAGGUAGGAGUUCACAUCGCUGACGUCAGUCACUUUAUCAGACCUGGCAAUGCUCUGGACAAAGAGGCGGCUAACAGAGGGACCACCGUGUAUUUAUGUGGCAAAAGAAUAGACAUGGUUCCUGAGCUGCUCAGCUCUAACCUUUGCUCUCUACGGUCCAAUGUGGAGAGGUUUGCGUUUUCAUGUAUUUGGGAGAUGAACCACAAAGCAGAAAUUUUGAAGACUCGGUUUACAAAAAGCGUCAUUAACUCCAAGGCGUCUCUCACUUACGCCGAGGCCCAGAUGAGGAUAGAUGAUGCCAACAAGAACGACGACAUCACUAAAAGCUUGAGGGGCCUCAACAAACUCGCAAAGAUCCUCAAAAGGAAGAGGAUAGAAAACGGGGCCCUCACGCUGUCUUCCUUAGAGGUUCGGUUCCAUAUAGACAGUGAAACUCAUGACCCAAUUGAUCUGCAGACUAAAGAACUCAUGGAGACAAACUCCAUGGUGGAGGAGUUUAUGUUGCUCGCCAAUAUUUCAGUUGCUCAGAAGAUUUACGAUGAAUUUCCAGAGAGCGCUCUCCUGAGGAAGCAUCCAGCUCCCCCUCCGUCCAACUACGACAUCCUGAUCAAAGCUGCAAAGUCCAAGAACGUGAUGAUCCACACGGAUUCGGCCAAAGCGCUGGCCGAUUCCCUGGAUGUGGCCAAAGUGGACGGCUUCCAGUAUUUCAACACGCUCCUGCGUAUCUUAGCCACUCGCUGCAUGAUGCAAGCCGUUUAUUUUUGUUCUGGCAUGGACAGCGACUUCCACCAUUACGGUCUUGCCUCGCCCAUUUACACUCACUUCACCUCCCCGAUUAGGAGGUACGCUGACAUCAUUGUGCACCGCCUGCUGGCGGUGGCCAUUGGAGCAGACAGCACCUACCCUGAUCUGAUGGACAAACACAAACAGUCGGCCCUCUGCAACAACCUCAACUACAGACACAAAAUGUCUCAGUACGCGCAGAGAGCGUCUGUGGCCUUCCACACUCAGUUGUUCUUCAAGACCAGAGGAAUUAUCAACGAGGAGGGAUUCGUUCUGUUCGUGCGGAAGAACGCGAUCAUCGUUCUGAUCCCGAAGUUCGGUCUGGAAGGAACCGUUUUCUUUAACUCCAAAGACAAAGCUUCUCCCAGCCUCGUUUUUGACGAAGAGGGUCCCUCUCUGAAGGUGGAGCAGCACACUUUCCACAUAUUUGACCAGGUGAAGGUCACCAUCAGCCUGGACGACUCCAACAUUCAGCACCAGAAGAUCCGCAUGGCUCUAACAGAACCUGUGAUUCCUGGUGUUAGUGUUCCCGCACCUGAAGCGGAACCACAAGCCAAGAAGCGAAAACUGGACCGCUGAGACGAGCGUUGGGAGUUCACCCAGAAGAUCCCGACUUUAUUUUUAGUACUAAUUGAAGGAGAUUUGUUCUUGUGUUUACAGUCUUAAACACGUGCAAAUCUCCUCCCAGCAAACACGUCGCUCAUUAUAGUAAGUUCGAUCCAGUGAAACGGACACUGGUGUAUUUUUACUCUUCUUUUUGCUUAAAAUAUUUGCUGGUGCAAAUAAAGCAGUGUAUGUGAUAAAUGUCACAUUAGUUUAACCUAAAACAAAAAUGAAUAGGUGACAUUUGCAGAGUGAUUUUGCUGCAGUGUUUUUGAUCUCAUCAUAGAACUGUUGAUGUGUUCUGCAAAUAAACAGAACAACUCAAAUGACAUGUUGAGGCAAAAAAAAAAGAGAAGUUUAAGGCAUUUUAAUAUAAAAACCCUCAUGUCAAAAUGUUUCAAAAUAAAAGGGCUCCAUUUUUUCCCCCCAACUCAAUUAAUUUGUGGCAUUAUUUGUUUUGCAUUAGUUGUAUUUAUUGAAAAAUUACAGUUGUGAACUACAGAUCCUGAUUUAAACAAGUAUUGGUUAUACUGAUACGUUUUUAAAAAGAGAAAACAAAGUUUUAUAAAAAAAAUAUAAAUACAGUAAUAGUCUGGCACAGAUUAUAAUUGAAAUUCUGCCCGUGGGCAUCUUUACAGCAU